AUAUAUUGGAUGAUGGCACACGGCAAACACUGAUGUUUUCGGCCACAUUUCCCAAGUCCAUUCGAAAUCUUGCUCGAGAUUUUCUAGCGAAUCAAUAUGUAUUUCUUACCGUCGGCCGUGUUGGUGGAACCACGAGUGACAUAACUCAAAAGAUUAUGUAUGUAGAAGAUCAUAAAAAACGGGAUUCACUUGUCGCUCUUUUGUUGAAACAACCUCCUUCACGCACCUUGGUUUUCGUAAAAUCUAAACGUGGCGCAGAUUCGCUUGAUGAUUUCUUGUAUUCACAGAAUUUUCCAACCACAAGUAUUCAUGGCGAUCGUACACAACAUGAACGUGAAGAUGCGUUAAUAUCUUUCAAGAACGGCCGAUGUCCUAUUUUAAUUGCUACAGCUGUUGCUGCUCGUGGGCUUGAUAUUAAAAAUGUAAUGCAUGUUAUUAAUUAUGAUCUUUGCGAUGAUAUCGACGAAUAUGUUCAUCGUAUUGGAAGAACUGCACGUGUUGGAAAUCAAGGGUUGGCUACUACUUUUUACAAUGAUGGAGACUCAGCUAUUGCUGGAGAAUUAGUAAGAAUUUUGGUGGAAUGCAAUAAUCAGGGUCCGAAACAAUGGGAUAAUAACGACCAAGGGCAGUGGAAUAACAAUAAUCAGAGGCCUUGGGACAAUAGUAACCAACAAUCUUGGGGAAACCAACAGCAAGAUUCGACAUGGGGAGAUAAUCAAAACCAGCUUUUAAAACCGCAGUCUCAAACUACCUCAUCAACGGUUGCUAGUAACGAUAACUGGUCGAAUCCGCCCACCGCUCAGCCUACAUAUCAGUAUCCAUCUAUGCCUCAUACACAAUCUAAUCAAUGUCAAUAUGCAACGCCUACAUAUAAUCAGCCAAUUCCUUCACAACCUCCGAAUGUCGGACCACCUGUUGUUAAUCUUCCAAAGAAUAAUCAAUUCAAUCAACCCACACAACCAUCAUUUGCACCACCCUCACAGCAGCAAAACUUUGGCGCUAGCUAUAAUAAUCCUGCGUCUAACGGACCUGAACAAAAUGAUUACUAUAAUAAUAAUAAUACUUCAUUCGGUAACGAUACAAAUAGAUUUGGUGAUCCUAACAACAAUAAUGAUGAUGGUUCACCAUCUCGUCCUCGUUCAAAAUCUCCAAAACAGCAAAGAAAUCAACGACGGACCCGCAAUAAUGGUAAUUGGCAACAGGAUGAUAACAUUGGAAAUCGUAAUGCAAAUCAAACUAGUUCAGAUG